CAACCGCCGGAUUUGAAUCAGGUCCGCGCUCUGCGGCUGUGCCGGCGGGAUGGGCGCUUCGUCGUUGCCCCCCGCCUGGCAGCUCUACCUCAAGGACCACCGCAUUUCUACGUUCAAGAACUGGCCGUUCUUGGAGGGCUGCGCCUGCACCCCGGAGCGGAUGGCCGAGGCCGGGUUUAUCCACUGUCCCACUGAGAACGAGCCCGACUUGGCCCAGUGUUUCUUCUGCUUCAAGGAGCUGGAAGGCUGGGAGCCAGAUGAUGACCCUAUAGAGGAGCAUAAAAAGCAUUCAUCUGGUUGUGCUUUCCUUUCUGUAAAGAAGCAGUUUGAAGAAUUAACCCUCAGUGAAUUUUUGAAACUGGACAAAGAAAGAGCCAAAAACAAAAUCGCAAAGGAAACCAACAGUAAGCAGAAAGAAUUCGAAGAGGCGGCAAAGAGAGUGCGCUGUGCCAUCGAGCAGCUGACUGCCGUGGAGUGAGGCCUCUGCCGAGCGCGCUGCUCCCCGGGCUGACCCCUUCCCAGCACCUUAGGGAAGGAGAACAUUCACGAUUUGAAAUUAGAAUAUUUAAGCUAUACUUUUGUUUUUUUCUUGAAAGUGGUGCCAGAGGCUGCUUCUCUUUGUGCAGCUGGUGCUGCUGAGUCCAGUAACCGAUUCUCUCAUUUUUCUUUGGUAGUUUUUGUGCCAUUGGUUCCUGGACUUGCCAGGGUGAGAAGGUGAGAAGCGUGUUCUCGUGGGCAGAGCCCUUCCACAGUGAAGCGCCGGGGCUUCA